UGAAUCAUAAUUAAGACACACAAUGGAGUUGUGUGUUUAAUCUCGUCUGAUUAUCUCAUUUAUUGAGAAAAGAAAAUCGUCUCGAGGAAAACACAAUUUGUAGUUAUCGUUAUCGUUAUCGUUAUUGUUAUCUUCUAUUCUUCUGGACACUCGUAAUUCACAAAUCCAUGAUAUAUGUUGGUGCUUUCCGAGGUGUAAAGGCUUGCGUGCGGAUUUCUCGAGCUACGCCCGGCCGUUUAUUGCGGCGAUUAAUCGCGGUCGCGAAAACCCGUCUUCCUCUCGGACUUUCGCAUGUAAACUGCCUGGAAAACGAGAUGCUCGCCGGCUCUUGGCUGGUCGACUGUGAAUAUUCGCGAGAGUUGACGAUGUUUCGGUCACGGUGAUAUGAGAAGUGAUUGCUCCUAAUACUGCCCGGCCAAGGAGGGAAAGCCCGCCGCUAUUCGUCCGUUUAACGUAUUGCACAUUUCCGGGAGCCAAACGAGUCCGAUCGAUAGUUUUAUCGGGAUUGAGCGACCGGUAAGGAGGGAAGCGCGGGGGAAAAAAAAGUAUGCAGCUACUUUCCAGCUUCAUGGGCCGCCACACGAAGCGAGGAGCUUCCUUGAAAAAAGGAAAGCGCGAAUCCAUCGGAGGCGGGAAUCUUGUUGGUAAUUGGCCGUCUUCAACAGGGGGUCCGGUCAGGCCCCUUAACAGUACCGUUGGGUACGGCGUUGCGACGGGGGGCGCCAACAUGACACCCGAUGAUCCCGCACCCGACGAAGAAUUCGCCCUCGCCGUCGCGCAAAAAGCACAGAGAGACGCAGAGGCAAUCCGCACAGUUCUCUAUCUCGGAGUGGCGCUCACGAUCACCUGGAUAAUAGGAGCUGCAGGACUGUCGCUGGCGUGGCUGGUUCUGGUCCUGGCACUGGCAGCGACGGUCGUUAAAGCGAGAGUGUCUCGACUCCUUCAGACGGAAUUGCAGCACGAAUUGGCCAGGUUACGUAGGAGACGGGCGCUGUACAAAGACGAGACCGCCGAGUGGCUCAGUCUACUCCUCAAUAAAUGGUGGAGAUUCAGCGCCGCUAGUAUAUUUUCCUUGGCAAAGGAACGACUGGAGCCUCUCCUUAAUGAAGCCAAACCCGGUAUACUAGGUCCAUUAGAAUUGCGCGAACUCACCCUCGGCGAGCAGACACCGUGCAUUACUCGCGUGAGAACUCUCGAUUACUGCAAUGACGAUGAUCUCCCUAAUGGACAUCAUUCUGGGCAGACCAAACUAUCCAUUGAAGCCGACCUGCGGCUGGACUGCGAGCAAUUCCGUAUGCUCAUUACCACGCGGUUAUUUGGUAAAGGCGUCGGGAUGGACAUCGACCUGGCGGUGGAGAAGUUGUCGCUGUCGGGCACGAUUCUCGUCAAUCUGAACCUGAACACAUCGGCGCCGUUCCCGCACGCGACCGGGCUCAGUGUGAGUUUCCUGGAGAAGCCCGACGUCUGGUUCAGCGUGAGGAUUUUACGAGCGGUGCAGAUGAUGGAAGUACCUCUGAUCAAGACCUGGAUCCACGCGGUGGUCACAGACGCGUUGGCUAGUUGGCUGGUCGACCCAGGCCACCUGGAAAUGGAUCUGAGGGCGCAAGAGCGACCCGGUCCCGGACUGGAUUCCGUGACUAAUUCCAUGCCACAAGGGGUGCUCACCGUUGUUCUGUGUCAAAGCGGCUGCCCCGCGAACAUCGCCGAUGAGGUGAGAUGGCUCGCGGUAACAGUGGGUGAUCAGAGACGAAUCACCUCGAAUUUAAGUAACACAUGGGCCGAAGACGUGUCCUUCUUGGUCGGGCCAUUGGACAACGAGAGAAUCACGAUCAAGCUGAAAGCGAAACGACUCGUUAGUACCAUCACUCUAGCGCAGUUUGAGUUGGCGUUGGGAGUUUACGACUGGGAGAACUCGCAGGUUGUCGAAACCUUGUUGCAACAGAAGAAACCGUCCCGUAAUAGCGCUAGUAUUCCAAAUAUCAAUGCGCGGCUGGAGUACACCGCCCUUCCGCACUUGGAUCCCGAUUUACCGCAACCGGACUUAACGGUCGAUAAUUUACAUCUUGCAGUGUCGCGAGAUUCUUACCACAGAGCGAACAAAGCAGGCGUACUGGUGGUUUACAUUCAUUCCGCCGACAAUCUCAACAGCGACACCACUCAGUGUAACCCUUACUGCAUGUUAUUCAACAAUCGGAAGAAGGUGAAAACAACACACUAUGUCCGCUCAACCACUUCACCGGUUUGGGACUGCAGAGCACAGUUUCUAGUGCAAGAUUACACUCAAGUGUCGCUGAGCUUCGUCAUUUAUUCGUGGAAUAUAUCAAAAUCGGUAGACACAGAUAUGCUUGGACUGGCUAUGCUGUCGUUGUCUCAGGAAACGACUUGGGUCGUCAGAAAAGAACUUACGCUCAAUGGUUCCAACAUUAUCUCCACUAUGACAGUCUCCGUUCUGUUUUAUCCUGUCAAGAGUAUACAACAAGUACUUACUAGCCGUAGGAGCAGCAUAGUUCCAACUAUAAUAGACGACGAGCCAAAAAUUAAACGGAACAGUCUACCGUGGAUGCAACAAGCUAAACUGUUAUUAACACAUAAAGAUGUCGAUCCCGCCUCCUCCGAUAUAUCCAGUCUACUCUCCACCGGAAGUGGCUUGAUGGAGGUGACGCUGUUACGCGCAAAGGAUCUUGUCGCGAAAGAUUUGAAUGGCUUCAGCGAUCCUUUCUGUGAAUUAAAGCUGAACAACGAUACGAAGUACAAGAGUAGCAUAAAAAAGAAAACGCUGAAUCCUUGCUGGGAUGAAAGUUCCAUCAUGGGCUUACCGAGAGCCGGAGAAACUUUAGAUAUCGUAUUAUGGGAUCAUGAUACUUUUGGCAUGAAGGACUACCUCGGAAAAGUAUCAUUGACUCUCGACGAUAUCAGAAAGUUGUCAAGCACCGAUCAGUCCCAUUGGUUCACGCUCAGGGGAACCAAAACGGGAUCUGUGGAGCUGAAAAUCAAAGUCUUGUCGGAGGAAUGUGAGACGCAAAGUACAUACGCAACCAGCAACAUCAGCGACAACUCCUCCCGUCUUAACACUGAGCCGGAUUCUUUGUCGAGUAUCGUGCGAAGACCUUCUAUGGAGAAGUCCAAAAUACGCCUGCAUUUAGAUCCAGUAGUGCCACCACCGCCUCCACCGCGCACUGUCACUCUUCUGAAACCGACUACGUCCAGCCAGUCUGAUAAAGCCAGCGUGACCAGCAAAGAAUCGAACGAGGUAAACGGGACAACAAGUUUCUGGAUUCCGAAAGUCAUCGCGGAAUCCGCCGCAGAUAAUUCCGUCGAAGAGGCCGACACGAGCAAAAACGGGGAGAGACGGUCCUCUCAUCACAGUCUCACACCCAGUCCUGAGCAGAGCUUCGGAAAGAAGUUACCACAAUACAACAGUUUCCGCGUGAUGAAACAGAAGGUGAAGAGGGGUUUAAAACUUCGUAGAUUCCGAUCGGAAGUAAAUAUAGAGGAUAAAAACGAGAACAAAGGCAUCACGUUGAGUCUAGAGCCUAGAGGCGGAGGAGAAGCCGAUGCAACAGAACUCUUGUCGGAAUCCGGUCUGGCUCACGCGGUGUCACAACCAGAUAUGCUGGGUAGGAUAAGGCAGCCCAGCCCGCGAUUAAGAUUGAGACCGAAUGAUCUGAAAAUCGUUAACGGUACUAGAGAGAAGUAUUCUGGUGUGGAAGGGAAGGUUCUCCAAGCACAAGGCCUUCACGUGGCGCAUAUCGCCCAAUUAUAUUGUCGCGUGAAGCUUCAGACAUGCACCAGUCCAGAUAAAAUCAUGUCAGCUAAUGGCGGUAAGACCAUCGCCAAAUCACGACUACUGCCAGCUAUGCCUAAUCCCCAAUUCAGUAUCGAUUUCCAUAUAGAAGGUGACAGCGUACCGAGACAAGCGUUACUAAUAUUUGAGAUCAGGAGUGCCAGCAAGGAAUUGUUGGCUAGUCGGCGUAUAACUUUACACGAAUUGCUAGGGGUGUCCGCAGCUAGCGACGAAAUUCACACGUGGUUGGCGUUAAAUAACGGAGCCUCGUUAGAAGUACAAAUUGCUCAUGGAAAAGAGCUUAAGAAUAAAUCGACGAAAAAGUUGUUUCGCUCUUGGUCGGUUCAUCGGAUAGGAAAAAUAUGAAAUUCAAAGAAAACGACAUAUUGCUGUUGUACAACAUCAAUCUAACAUACACUAAUAUAAAAAGAAGAGAAACAAUGAGACUUCUUUAACUUGUUUCGGGAGACAACAUCUAAUCCCCGGAACGCGCAUUCCAAUAUUUCUCGCGUAAAAAAUACGCAUAAACGAGAUUAUUUUUACAAAUAAAAACUAUGCACAUCAUUCUUUUUACGAACUUUUAAUGACAAUACUUAAUAUCGUACCAUUUCCAGCAUUUUAAUAGCAUUCCACAUGAUGUUCUCCAAUGUUUUGUACAAUAAUAUACUAAUAAGAAGUUUCAUUCUUCAGUACAUCAUUUUUGUGACGAGAAAUUGUUUAAGAUAAAUUACACACACACACACACACAUACACAUACACACACAUAAUAUAUAUAUAUUAAGAGUUCUAAUUUAUGUAUAUUAAGAUUUUUCUAAUAUUUGCAAAAUUUAAUACAAAAGAUAUACAUUAGAAUCAAUAAAAAUGUAUUGAAACAUCAUUUCAUUCUCUUUGUAAUUGCUGAUAUAUUACAUUUGUACAUUUAUCAUGCAGCGUGCAUUGCUGUUUACAAUACAAUAUAUGUAACAUAAUAUAAUAUAAUAGUAGUAGUGUUAUAACAGUAAGUGUAUAUUUUGUAUUAUUUCAAAUACAAUAUUAUAGAUAUAAAUAUUUCAGAGUUUAAUUGGGAGGAAUUACUUCUUUCAUAUCACAAUUAUCGAAUAUUACAAAUAUCAAAUGUAUUUCAAUACAUAUAAAUCUUCUUGUAUAAGUGAUUAUAUCAUAUAAAUGACACACUUUUAGUCUUGUUUCUCAGUGUGCAUACACAUUUUUUAAGCAUAGGCAUAAAUAAAAUUUGAGACCUGGCAAUCACGAAAGUGCAUUUUUGUUAAAAAAAAAAAACUAAUAAUGCAUUAA